AUUUGGCUCAUACGUCAUACUCUUCCGUUCAAGAUGGCAGCAGCAAUGGACGUGGAUACACCGAGCGGUACUAAUAGCGCAAGCAAGAAACGAUUUGAAGUAAAGAAGUGGAAUGCUGUGGCGCUCUGGGCCUGGGACAUUGUGGUGGACAACUGUGCUAUCUGUAGGAACCACAUCAUGGAUCUCUGCAUAGAGUGCCAGGCCAACCAAGCUUCUGCAACCUCUGAAGAGUGCACUGUAGCCUGGGGUGUUUGCAAUCAUGCUUUCCACUUCCACUGUAUUUCUCGCUGGCUGAAGACCAGACAGGUGUGUCCUCUGGACAACAGGGAGUGGGAGUUUCAGAAAUAUGGACACUAGCUCGUUUAUCCUUCACCCCUUUGUUGGCUUCUGCAAGCAGCACCCUCACUUUAUCCUUGUUCUGACCCGCUUAUAAAAGCUGUUUCUCAUGUAUUUUGUUCUGGUAUAUUGUAAGUACAGAAAUAAACAGGAAUCUUGUGAAAAAUACA